CACAGAGAGGAAAAUACCACCAGAUGGCGGUUUAGGAUUGCUGCUCUUCUCUCAAGGCGCGGUUCCGCUCGCACGGCCAAUUUUCAAUAUUAAAAUACGCACGUUAUUUUAACAAAAUUGAUUUAUUGUUCCGGAAGGUGAUAAUCGAUUCCGCAAUGGUCGUUGAAGGAGCUGAAGAGCAUUAAGUACCCGCGUGUAGUCCAUCCUGGAGGUUCUCCUCCCCGCCGUUCCUGUCCUUUCCUCCAACACACCGGCCUUCUCGUACUUCCCUCUUUUGGUCCGGAAACACACCCCGGCCGUGAGGACACACGUAAACACGUUCGCACACUUCACCACCUCCCCGCCCAACCAGGAUGAUCACCUCGGAGCUCCCCGUCCUACAGGACUCGUCCAACGAGUCUGGGGCGACAGACGCGGUGGGCUUAAGUAUGAGCUUGAGUGAGAUUGAAGACCCUGAGGCGAAAGGGAAAAAGAAGAGAGGGAGGCCUGGGAAACAAGCCCAGUCGGCCAAUAAGAAGCCUCGAAAGUCACCGGCGGACAAAGCGGGGACACUCGCCAGAGGGCGAGGGAAAGCCAAUGGAGUGGCCCAACACAACGGCGACGGCGGUGACCCCGUCACUCUGUUUGAGGUGGUCAAACUGGGCAAGAGCGCCAUGCAGUCUGUGGUGGACGAGUGGAUCGAGUCGUACAAACAGGACAGAGACUUGGCCCUGCUAGACCUCAUCAACUUCUUCAUCCAGUGCUCGGGGUGCAAAGGCACUGUGCGGAUUGAGAUGUUCAGGAACAUGCAGAAUGCCGAGAUCAUCCGUAAGAUGACUGAGGAGUUUGACGAGGACAGCGGAGAUUAUCCUCUCACCAUGCCGGGGCCAUUGUGGAAGAAGUUCCGCUACAACUUCUGCGAGUUCAUCAGCGUUUUGAUUCGCCAGUGUCAGUACAGCAUCAUCUACGACGAGUACAUGAUGGACACGGUCAUCUCCCUCCUCACCGGCUUGUCCGACUCCCAAGUUCGGGCCUUCAGACACACCUCCACGUUAGCAGCGAUGAAGCUGAUGACGGCGCUGGUCAACGUGGCCCUGAACCUCAGUAUUCACCAAGACAAUACCCAGAGACAGUACGAGGCCGAGAGGAACAAGAUCGCCGGCAAACGGGCCAACGAGAAGCUGGAACUGCUGCUACAGAAAAGGAAGGAGCUUCAGGAAAACCAAGAUGAAAUAGAGAAUAUGAUGAACUCCAUCUUCAAGGGAAUCUUCGUGCAUCGCUACAGGGACGCGAUUGCAGAGAUCCGAGCCAUCUGCAUCGAAGAGAUCGGCGUGUGGAUGAAAAUGUACAGCGAUGCUUUUCUUAACGACAGUUACCUGAAAUAUGUGGGUUGGACAUUACACGACAGGCAAGGAGAGGUGCGUCUCAAGUGCCUGAAGGCUCUGCAGAACCUGUACACAAACCGAGAGCUGUUCCCCAAACUAGAGCUUUUCACCAAUCGCUUCAAGGACCGCAUCGUUUCCAUGACACUGGACAAGGAGUACGACGUCGCUGUGGAGGCCAUCCGGCUGGUUACGCUCAUCCUUCAGGGCAGUGAAGACGCCUUGUCCAAUGAGGACUGUGAGAAUGUUUAUCACCUGGUCUACUCCGCCCACCGGCCAGUGGCUGUCGCCGCUGGAGAAUUCCUGCACAGAAAGUUGUUCAGUCGCCAUGACCCACAGGCAGAAGAGGCGCUGGCGAAGCGCAGAGGGAGGAGCAGUCCUAAUGGAAAUCUCAUCCGCAUGCUGGUGCUCUUCUUUUUGGAGAGUGAGCUCCAUGAGCACGCAGCCUACCUUGUGGACUCACUGUGGGAAAGCUCUCAGGAGCUGUUGAAAGACUGGGAGUGUAUGACUGAGCUUCUGUUGGAGGAGCCAGUGCAGGGCGAAGAGGUGUUGUCGGACAGACAGGAGAGCGCGCUGAUAGAGCUGAUGGUCUGCACCAUCCGACAGGCGGCCGAGGCGCACCCACCUGUUGGCAGGGGCACGGGCAAACGGGUGCUGACGGCGAAGGAGCGGAAGACCCAGAUCGAUGAUAAGAACAAACUGACGGAGCAUUACAUCAUGGCUCUGCCUAUGCUUUUGUCCAAGUAUCAAGCGGACUCGGAGAAAGUAGCGAACCUGCUGCAGAUCCCCCAGUUCUUUGACCUGGACGUGUACAGCGCCGGGCGCAUGGAGAAGCACCUGGACGCUCUGCUGAAGCAGAUCCGCCUGGUGGUGGAGAAGCACAUUGAGCCGGACGUGCUGGAGGCGUGCAGCAAGACCUACAGCAUCCUCUGCUCGGAAGAGUACACCAUCAUGAACCGCGUGGACAUCGCCCGCUCGCAGCUCAUCGACGAGAUGACCGACCGGUUUACGCACUCAGUGGAGGAGCUGCUGCAGGAGGCCGAGGAGGCAGACGACGACGACAUCUACAAUGUUUUAACAACUCUCAAAAGACUCACAGCUUUCCACAAUGCCCACGACCUGACGCGGUGGGAUUUAUUCGGGAACUGUUACCGGCUGCUGAAGGCGGGCAUCGAGCAGGGCUCCAUGCCAGAGCAGAUAGCCGUCCAGGCCUUGCAGUGCUCCCACUACUCCAUCCUGUGGCAGCUGGUGAAGAUCACAGAGGGAGCUCCCAGCAAGGACGAUCUUCUGGCGCUGAGGAGAGUGGUGAAGUCUUUUUUAGCCGUGUGCCAGCAGUGCCUGUCCAAUGUGAACACCCCAGUCAAAGAGCAGGCGUUCAUGCUCCUCUGCGACCUGCUGAUGAUCUUCAGCCACCAGCUGACGUCCGGCGGCAGAGAAGGCCUCCAGCCGCUCGUCUUCAACCCGGACAGCACUCUGCAGAACGAGCUGCUCACCUUCGUCCUGGACCACGUCUUCAUCGACCAGGAUGACGAGAGCCAGAGCAUGGAGGGAGACGAAGAGGACGAGGCCAACAAGAUCGAGGCUCUGCACAAGAGGAGAAACCUGCUCGCAGCGUUCUGCAAACUCAUCAUCUACGACAUCGUGGACAUGCCUGCCGCUGCCGACAUAUUCAAACACUACAUGAAGUAUUACAAUGAUUACGGCGACAUCAUCAAGGAGACGCUGAGUAAAACCCGACAGACGGACAAGAUUCUCUGCGCCAAGACGCUCAUCCUCAGUCUGCAGCAGCUCUUCAACGAGCUGCUGCAGGAUCAGGGCCCCAAUCUGGACCGAACAUCGUCUCACGUGAGCGGCAUCAAGGAGCUGGCCCGCCGCUUCGCUCUCACCUUCGGCCUCGAUCAGAUCAAGACCAGAGAGGCCGUGGCCACGCUGCACAAGGACGGUAUAGAGUUUGCGUUUAAAUACCAGAAUCCUCGAGGACCAGAGUUUCCUCCCAUCAACCUGGCCUUCCUGGAGGUCCUGAGCGAAUUCUCGUCCAAACUGAUUCGCCAAGACAAAAAGACGGUCCACUCGUACCUGGAGAAGUUCAUGUCGGAGUCGAUGUCGGAGCGUCGGGAGGACGUGUGGCUGCCGCUCAUCUCCUACAGGAACAGCCUUCUGACGGGAGGAGACGAGGACCACAUGUCCGUCACGUCGGGCUCCAGCAGCAAGACCGGCUCGGUUCGCAGCAAGAAGGGUCGACCGCCGCUACACAAGAAACGCAUCGAGGAGGAGAGUAGUAGUGUGGAGGGCUCGUGGCUGUUGCGCAACGACACCUUACAGACACCAGGGGCGCUGCAGACUCCGCAGCUCACCUCGACCGUGCUCAGAGAGAACAGACCGGCAGAACACAUGCCAGACCCGGACUCGGAACCCGGAUCGGAGAACGACUACGUACACAAUCCUCAGAUGCAGAUGUCGUGGCUAGGACAGCAGAAGAUGGAGGAGGUGAACCGGAAGGACCGGACAAGCAUGAGCUACAUCAAGUCACGCAGCAAUCAGGGCGUCCGGCAGACUGUGCGCGGGUUAAUGGAGGACGACGCAGAGCCCAUCUUCGAGGACGUGAUGAUGUCAUCGCGGGGUCAACUCGAGGACAUGAACGAGGAGUUUGAGGAUACGAUGGUGAUCGACCUGCCGCCUUCGAGGAACAGACGUGAAAGAGCGGAAUUAAGACCGGACUUUUUUGACUCUGCAGCAAUGAUUGAGGAUGAGUCGGGAUUCACCAUGCCCAUGUUCUGAUCCAGAAAGAGGCCGGGAUCCGAAUCCAGAGUAAACAGAUGAGGGGUGGGGUUGGACGUCUGAUCGCCAGAUCUCCUGCCAGCCAAACUCUUCAGAAGAAGAAGAAAACACAAUUUGUUGAAGUACUCUUUCUCUUUUCUGUAAGACACGACGGAAGGAACGUUUGCCAAGCGGAUCUAACUGACGGAUCCCGCAGUGGCUGGAUCUCACCUUGGACGCAUUAAGCGAGCAUCUGCUCUGUUUUAUCAGUCGGGCCGGAGGUUGCUCACGUUCUCACUCACCCCCCGCUCGUCCAUCGCUUCCUUCUAUUCCUCCUCCUCCUCCUCCUCCUCCUCCUCAGCCUGUUGGUUUAGCUCUUAUUAGCGGUAGCUCUGAAGGCGCUUUGGGCCGACUCUGCAGCCACUGCCACUGAGCACUUGGCAGUUUUUAUGGUUCUCUGUUCAACACAUGUACAGUUGUUUGUUUUCCUUCCACGAUCGGCGGCACAGAGCGACAUCGCACUCUGUACAGUCCCCGCACCCACUUUCUCUUGGUGUCUCGUGUGGAUCUGUCUGGUUAAAAAUUUCAAUAUCGAGGGGAUUCUCACUUCUAAAUGUUCUGUACCUUUGCUCUUAUUAUCAUCCACUGCCCGCCCCCCCCCCCCCCCAACUCCUCCUCCCUCUGUUCAUCAUCUGAGUCCUCGUGCGUGGUGGUGAUGUGUGUGUGUGUGUAUACGGUGUGGGUGUUGAUGGUUGAGUAGCUGCACACACACACGCAGGGGUCAGCAGCUACAGUCUGACCCGCAGGAAGUGAUGUAACCGUCGUGUGUUGUCAAAGCGAAGCCAGUCUGGUCAUUGGGUGGCGACGCCGCGCCCCUGACUGACCUCGGAGAGAAGCCCCGCCCCCUCUCUCUCACGUUUUUGUUCUGCACACACACACACAUGCACACACAUUCUGAAUAAUGGCUUUUUUGAAGUAAAAAAGUUCAUAAAAAAAAAGGAUAAACAUAUUUUGAAUUCUGUAGCUUUAGUACUAAAGUUUUAAAUCAAGUGUGUUUGUUUUUGUCUGAUGUUUGUACAGCUUUUUUCUUCUAUAUGUAUCUCGUUCGUUGCCAAAUUGUGGCCUACAUAUUUACAGCGUAUUCCAGCCCCCCGCCCCGCCCCCCCCCCCACACCUGUAACUCAUAUCUCAUGGUUACCAAGCUCAGAGUGUUGCUGUGGGAUACCAGCUGUUUAAAGCACUGUAAUGGUCUGACCAUAAUCAUUUCGCAGUUCAGUCUUACAGCAGAUUGUGUUCGGUUUUGUUCAACUCCAAUCAAGUUACUUACAUUUUUCUUUUUGUUUUUUUUUUUACACCUGCAAACAGUAUUGACGUUGAAGAUUGGUUGUCGUUAUUGUUCAUAUCCAGUGCAGUGAUGGAUCUUUUGUGUCUGACAGGUUCGUUUGAAUGUGUUUUGAAUGUGCCCCGCCAUAUUUCCACUCACCGUUGGUUGAUCCGUUCAUUUACUUCUCCUCGUCGACUGGCUCGUCAGUCGUCCCCGAGUGUCGGAGACAAUUGGAUCUUUUCUGCAGUGCAGUUGACAUCGGUUGCCCCUAAAGUGCUCUAAAAGCCAGUUUUGUUUUUGUUUUUUUCGUUUAACCUAAAUCCUUUUUAUUAAUAAAAUAAAAUCUGUAUUCAAUUUA